AUGUCUUCCUUCUUACCUGCUAGUUCCAGUUUGACUUGUUUGGGACCUCUCGUGCCGUAUUCGGCCAACCAACCAAGUUGUUUUGGUCCUCAACUCGUCGACCCGACGAUUGAGAUCAACUUGCUUAGAUCGAUGGGAGAGAAUUGUGUGGAGCCAAAUUUGGCGCAACCUAAGGUUUUGUAUGAGGUGUGCUCGGGAACCGCAAACGUCAAGCGUGGUGACAAAGGAGGGAACAAAUGCAACUAUUCUAUGAUGGAGCCAUAG